AUGAGAGGACUGAAUUACAUUGACAAUUUCAAUAUCUUCUGGAGCCAAAGGCAACUUUUUAACACAGAUGGUAUCCACCCAAACAAACUGGGUGCUAGGUUGCUUAAAGACAAUAUCUUUUUCUCCAUGCAUCAUUCAUCAGCUGAGUGUGCCAGUCCACUAUUGAACAGCGGAAAUGACCACAGGAUUUUACACCAGCACCUGGAUGGACAUUCAGAAGACAAGGAUAAAACUCUGCAGUCACAACUACUGUUCACAGACACAGCUCAGGCUGAGCCCUGCCCACAGACCUCGCUACAGCUGGAUUGUGAAUCAACACCCAAGGACGUUUCUGUUGAUAAUGACCAGAGGAAUGAUAACACUCCCUCCCAGCCUUCAGGAACACCAGAAUCACAGCUGAUGUCGUCACACUCUCUCUCCCUCUCUCCAACAUCACCACUUCUGGGCUUUUCAGAGAAAAUGGAGAAACUUGUAUCUGCUGGAACAAAGCUCUCCCACUCUAUUGCUGCGAGUCCCCAAAUAUCAAGCAAGAAACGGCGGGCUCCUCAACCACCAAAGCCUUCGGGCCCAGCCUGCCCUCCCCCUCCAUCUGAGAGAGCACUCCGACCUCUGCCUCAACGUCAGGGAUCACACCAGCCCUCAUCUGCAAACAGCACUGAUAGACCAACACCUCGAGUGUCUGUUUGGCCUGGUGAAGAUGUAAUCAUUGGAGAAACUGUCACUCUCACAUGUGUCAUCAAUGGAGGAGGAGUCAACAGCUGGCAGUAUAGCUGGUAUAAAGAUUCACCGUCAUCCACUGUCAGUAACCUCCAGAAUUCAAUCACAAUCAAUUCUGUUACUGAGCCUCACACAGGUCAAUACACCUGUAAAGGAACAGAGCCCAGUGGAUCACGAUAUUCACACAUCAGUAAUGCAGUUACACUGACAGUAUCAGCUUUACCCAAAGCUACAGUGGGAGUAACACCAGACAGACCUGUGUUCACUGGAGAGACAGUCAGUCUGAAGUGUGAGAUAGAGGAUCAGUACAGCUCAUUAAACUGGACAUAUCUUUGGUAUAAGGAUGGUGUUUGGAAUGUGUUUAAGCAUUACACUGUAAACAGAGACUCUCUCACUAUCAAUGGAGUUACUGAAUCUGAUCAGGAUAAGUACUGGUGUAGAGGAGAGAUACACGGACGACCACAGACUUCACUAUCAAGCUCUGCUGUUUAUCUCACUGUGAAUGCUUUACCCAUUGCUACAGUAAGCAUAACACCAGACAGACCUGUGUUCAUUGGAGAGACAGUCACUCUGAAGUGUGUGAUAGAUCAGUACAGAUCAUUAAACUGGAGAUAUCUGUGGUAUGAAGACACAACUACAGUCUCUAAGUUUCAGCGUUACACUGUAAACGGAGACUCUCUCACCAUCACUGGAGUUACUAAAUCUGAUCAGGGUCAGUUCAUGUGUAGAGGAGAGAGAGUUGGACGACCCCAGACUUCACAAUCAAGCUCUGCUGUUCAUCUCACUGUGAAUGGUGAGUUCAAUGUUGCUGUAAAAUAGCAGGGAUGUGAUUUUUCCGUAUAAAUAAGGAUUUCCGUAUUUUCUGACCUUGGUGGGAUGACCCGUCUGAAUCGCGUAAAUCCGAUGAGUUUUUUUUUUAGAUGGGGGGGUAAUCACGCACGUGUUGUAUGCCCGUGUUGUUGCAAGUAGUGGUGUGUCGUUCAUGAACGAUUCGUUCAUUUCGAACGAAUCUUUAAUAUGACUCGGGACUAUCGGGUUGUCUCAGAGAGUGAUUCGUUCAUUUUGUGUUGACCGCGCAUGCGCAUUGCGCAACAUAUGGGUUCUGAAUCUGAAACAGAAAUGAUUAGUUCAUCAUUCUCUUGAGUCUCGAGUUCGGGACAGGUUCGAGUCUUUUGUUCUUCCUGUCAGUCCCAUAGAGGCUAUGCUACCAGUACCGGAAAGAGAAAUGAUUAGUUCACCUUUCGAGUUCGGGUUCGGUCGGGUCCGAGUCUUUCGUCCUUCAAUAAGAUGGAACUUUUAUUUUUCAAAUAAAGUUUUUGGACAUAUUUAGUAUUUUAAUUACUAAAUAUAAAACAAUAUAGGAUACAUUUAGACGCAAUCA